CCUGCAGCCAGAACAGAGGUCCUUCUCUCUUUCAUGUCGACCCGGUGAGAGGAGAGGAGUUUGGGGGGGGAUGGCUGUUGUGAGGAUUGUCAGUAAAGACGACUAACGUUUGACAAAAUGUCGCACAUCCUGGAUGCGGCGUGCAGAGUGAGAUGGGACCGUUCGGCUGCGGCGAAGAGAGCCUUGUUGGUUGCGGCUGCUGCGUACGGCUUGAAAACGCUUUACCCCAUCAUCUGCAGGCAGCUCCGCAAAGACAAACACCCAGGGAACAAUCGCAGGCUUUCCAGGACUGAAAACGGAGCCACAUGUCUGGUAAAAUCCCAGACAGAUGCGGCUGUUAAAAAGACAUCCCCGGGGGUGAACGCAGAAUUUUUCAAGCAGAUCCUCGAUCUUGCUAAAAUCCUCUUCCCCAAGCUGGUGUCCAGAGAGCUGGGUUUGCUCAGCUUGCACUCGGUGGCGCUGAUAUCUCGGACGUUUCUUUCUAUUUACGUGGCCAGCUUGGAUGGCAAGAUUGUUAAAACGAUUGUGGAGAAGAAACCCAAGAGCUUCAUCCUCCAGCUGGUCAAAUGGCUCCUCAUCGCCAUCCCGGCCACGUUCGUCAACAGCGCCAUCCGGUACCUGGAGUGCAAACUGGCUCUGGCCUUCCGCACCCGGCUGGUGAACCAUGCCUACCGGACCUAUUUCACCGAUCAGACCUACUACAAAGUCAGCAACAUGGACGGGAGGCUCGCCAACCCGGACCAGUCUCUCACCGAGGAUGUCGUGAUGUUCUCCCAGUCGGUGGCUCAUCUUUAUUCCAACCUCACCAAACCCAUCCUGGACGUGAUGCUGACCUCCUACACUCUAAUCCAGACGGCUAGAUCCAGAGGUGCAAACGCCACUGGGCCGACCCUCCUGGCCGGGCUGGUGGUUUUUGCAACAGCCAAGGUCCUCCGCGCUUGUUCGCCCAAAUUUGGCAAGCUGGUGGCUGAAGAGGCUCACAGGAAGGGCUACCUGCGCUAUGUGCACUCCAGGAUCAUUGCAAACGCAGAGGAGAUCGCUUUCUACAGGGGACACAAGGUGGAGAUGCGUCAACUGCAGAAGUGCUACCGGGCUCUGGCGGACCAGAUGAACCUGAUCCUGUCCAAGCGUCUCUGGUACAUUAUGAUCGAGCAGUUCCUCAUGAAGUACGUGUGGAGCAGCAGCGGGCUCGUCAUGGUUGCCGUGCCAAUCAUCACCGCCACCGGCUUCGCUGACAACGAAACAGCAGAUGGUCAGACGCAGGUGUUGGUGAGCGAGAGGACCGAGGCUUUCACCACAGCCCGUAACCUUUUGGCCUCAGGAGCUGACGCCAUCGAGAGGAUCAUGUCCUCCUACAAAGAAGUCACAGAGCUGGCAGGCUACACCGCCCGGGUCCACAACAUGUUCGUGGUGUUCGAGGACGUCCAGAAGGGUGUUUACAAGCGCUCCUCUCUGUCAGCCACAGCGGGAGGGGAGAAGAAGAGCAAGCCUGAGAUGCACAUAGACGGACCACUGGAGAUCAAAGGUGAAGUGAUAGAUGUUGACAACGGCAUUGUGUGCGAGAACGUCCCAAUUAUCACGCCGAACGGGGAUGUAGUAGUAUCAAGCCUGAAUUUUAAGGUGGAAGAGGGCAUGCACCUAUUGAUCACGGGGCCGAACGGCUGCGGAAAAAGCUCUCUUUUCCGGAUCCUCAGCGGCUUGUGGCCUGUCUACGGUGGCCGGCUUCACAAACCUUCUCCUCAACAUAUGUUCUACAUCCCUCAAAGGCCCUACAUGUCCAUGGGUUCACUGCGGGACCAGGUGAUCUAUCCAGAUUCAGUGGAGGACAUGGCUGCCAGGGGAAUGAGUGACAAAGACCUGGAGACCAUCUUGGACAUCGUCAACCUCAACCAAAUUGUCACCAGAGAAGGAGGGUGGGACACUGAGCUGGACUGGAAGGAUGUGCUGUCAGGAGGCGAGAAGCAGAGGAUGGGCAUGGCCCGCAUGUUCUACCACAAGCCUAAGUAUGCGCUGCUGGAUGAGUGUACCAGUGCUGUGAGCAUUGACGUGGAGGGAAAAAUCUUCCAGGCCGCCAAAGAUUCUGGCAUCUCCCUGCUCUCCAUCACUCACAGACCCUCCCUGUGGAAGUAUCACACCAACCUGCUGCAGUUCGACGGGGAGGGCGGCUGGCGCUUUGAGCAGCUGGACACGGCGACCCGUCUCUCCCUCACCGAGGAGAAACAGCGGCUGGAAUCCCAGCUGGCCGGAAUCCCCGAGAUGCAGCAUCGCCUCAACGAACUCUGCAAAAUCCUGGGAGACGACUCAGUCCUCAAAACAGCUGAGGAGUGA